UCUCACAUCCGGGAAAGAAUCUUCUAUUUUUCAUUCUCUUCAUUUUCUGAGAGAGGGUUAUUUGUUAUUGUAUAUCAUUUAGUGGAUGUUACAGGGAGAAAAUAACACAGGUUGAGAUAUGUCAAAAUAAGGCUGCAUUUGGAGAAAGUAAACUAGCACUUGACGUCCUGUUGUGAAUUACAGUUGAACCAGACAGAAGCAGGCAGCCGACGUCAUUAUCCAUUUGAACUGUAUCCGACCGAAAAUGGCCACGUUAAAACAACAAGAUACUCUGAUGGAAUGCUUGAGUUGCAGCCAUCUUAAGACCACAGAAAUUUGGAUUGCGCUUGAGCCGUUAGUGUCUACAGAAAAUGAGAUUUCAAUCUACAGACUUGAAUCUAUCGCAGGACGCUAUGAGUGCACAAUAUCAGGGCUGCGCUGGGUAUGUGAGAGCAAAGUCACACUUCUGUACCACUUCAGCUCUUGGGAUCCUCACAGGGCAGUGCUACAAAGCAUGGGGUACAGGCAAGCAGGCCCCCUACUGGACAUCAAAAUCAUUGAAGGAAAACUGAAAGAAGUGCAUCUGCCACAUUUUGCCUGUUUUGGUGCACGGGUUGGAGAUCGUUAUGAUCCCUCUAUAAAGCAGAAAGUGAGAGUUCUUCAUGUAGAAGGCCGUGGUGUGUCCAUAGAACAAGUGGAUAAGGUCACCCGCUUCCACGUCAAGAUUCUCCAUCCAUCUUUCUCUCUGAGAGGUGUUAUCCUGCAGGCAUUAGGGUGUUCCGUGCACUGUGACUUGCAGAUCUACCGAGCCAGGACAGCACACCUCACGCUACAUGCUUAUCUGAUGCCAUGUGAUCCUGCACUAACACAGGCAGUGGAGAAACAGGAGAAGUGUCAUGGAUCCACAAGGAUCCUAAAACCAAGACCAGAGAAGUCCCAAUGGUUGACUAGUGAUUUCUACCUCACAACAUCCUGUCCUUCUGAUGUUAACCCUCGUAGAUUGGAGCUCGCACAUGUUGACCCACCAAACUUCUUUGAGGUGUUUAUAAGAGACGCAGAUUCAGACUUCAGUCUGAACCUAAGCUGUAAAAGUCGUAAACAAACCAUAUGGAACCACGAAAUACGAGCAGCUGAAUACAGGGGUUCCAUCUUGACCUCAGACCAGCACUUUGUGGACCUCCACCAGACAGCCCUGAUUGACAGAGUAAGCCAAGUCGGUCCCAUCUUGGACAGACUCCUGAAGAGUGGAGUCAUCACUGCUGAUGGCUACAGUGACGUGAUAGCUGAAAGAAAUAACCAGAAGAAGAUGAGGGCGCUCUUUGAUGGGCCCUUAAAAGGGUGUGGCCCCGAAUGCAAAGAUCAGUUCUUAGAGAUCCUGACAGAGCUGGAGCCAUACCUAAUCAAUCACCUGAAGCUGGAAUGAUGAGCUAGGUUGGUGAAAGGGGGGCAUUUGAAGUUUAUUUUUUGGGGAAAGAGCAUGAAUGAUGUCAGUUACACUUUGUUUUAGUUCUUUAUAAAAGGUGCAUAGUAUAAUUAUUUUAUAUCAUUCCUUUUAUUUCUACAUGUACAGUUGGAAGUCGGAAGUUUACAUAAACAAGUUUUAAUGAC